GCAAUAGUCCUAGGAGUGGCACAGCCUGAGGAUCCGGAUCCAAAGCUCGGAUCGCAGGGAGCUGCUGAGUCUCCUGGAAGGAUAGAUAGACUGACCUCAUCAUCCUGGCCCGGGCCAGAGGCACAGGUGCUGCGGCCUGCGCGGGACAGGACGGCUCCCGUGGGGCGACCCGAGACCAGCGCCUGCGUUCUGGAGCCGGAGUCCGAGGGCCCAAGGCCAGUGUCUGAGUUCCGAGGGCCGGUGUCCGAGUUCCGAGGGUCGGUGUCCGAGUUCCGAGGGCCGGUGUCCGAGUUCCGAGGGUCGGUGUCCGAGUUCCGAGGGCCGGUGUCCGAGUUCCGAGGGCCCCAUGUGGGAUUGAACCUGUCACCUCUAAUACCGUGGCUUGCCUAAGAGAUCUGCACCUACAGCCCUUGUCUUGUAGCCUGGUGACAAUGCCAGCGUGAACAGGGUCCCAGGCAUGGAGUUCCUGUCAGCCCCCCAGCACCCACCAGGGCCCCCAGCCAUGGACUUGGAGGAGCCCAAAAGCCCCGAGCUGCCCUCUGAUGACCAGCCCACUAGCACCCAGUGGGCCUCGGGGCCCGGAGGGCCUGUCACGCCGAAUGAGAUGGAGCUGGACGCAUCCGGUGUGCAGGAACUGAUCCAGCAACUGGAAGCCCUGCCUGGUGACCUGGGUGGCCCGUUCCCAGAAGGAGAGCCCUGUCCCCUGCACAUUGCCACUGGCCAAGGCCUGACGGCCCAGGAGAGUGUGGACGCUGGAGGGCUCUUGUCUGCUGAGGCUGGCGGGGGUGACUUUCUGGGUCUGCUGAGGUUUGAAUCAUCUUCGCCUGCCCAGCCAGGGCCUGUGGAUCCUCCACAGACUGCACCCCGCUUGCUGCAGCCACCGGAGGACCCAUCUGGGGACCGGGGGUUGCCGGGGUGGAUGGAGGGGAUGUCAGCCGCGGAGCCAGCAGACAGCAGGAGUUCUAGCAGCUCCCCGGAGCCCUGGCUGGAGACAGCACCGCUGGUGACCCAGCAGGAGCCACCUGCAAGUGCCCAGAGCCCCGAGACCCUGGCCUCAUGCCCUGCCGUCUCCGAGGGCUCCCAGAGUCCAUGGGACACCUAUGAUGGAUGUGCCUGGCUGCACCCCUUGCUGUCACUCACAGUUCCAGGUCCCUGUGGACAUGAGGAACUCGUGGACGGCGUCGUUUUUGCGGCAAAAUACCUGGGCUCCACCCAGUUGCUGUCAGAGCGCAGCCCACCACCCAGCAUGCGCAUGGCGCAGGCGCAGGAAGCCAUGGACCGCGUCAAGGCCCCCGAGGGUGAGACUCAGCCCAUGGUGGAGGUGGACAUCUUUAUCUCCACCAAGAGGGUCAAGGUGCUAGCCGCUGACUCCCAGGAUGCCCUGAUGGACCACGCCCUGCAGACCAUCUCCUACAUUGCGGACAUUGGGCCAGUGCUGAUCGUGAUGGCCCGGAGACGACUGGCCAGGAGGACCGCGCCCCAGGACCGCAAGCAGCGUCUCUACAAAAUGCUGUGCCAUGUGUUCCACUCAGAGGAUGCCCAGCUCGUUGCACAGGCCAUCGGCCAGGCCUUCAGCAUCGCCUACAGCCAGUUCCUGCAGGAGAACGGGAUCGACCCCAGCCAAGUGGGCACGCGGCCCUCGGACGCCAGUCACCCGCACAACGGUGACCUGGACCACUUCUGCAACAGCCAGAACUGCAGGGAGGUCUGCAUCCAGAAGCGGCCUGGAGAGGGCCUGGGCGUUGCCCUGGUUGAGUCCGGCUGGGGCUCCCUGCUGCCCACCGCCGUCAUUGCCAACCUGCUCCACGGGGGCCCUGCCGAGCGCUCGGGAGCCCUCAGCAUCGGGGACCGUGUUACCGCCAUCAAUGGGACCAGCCUGGUGGGGCUGCCCCUCGAUGCCUGCCAGGCCGCUGUGCGCGAGGUGCGGCGACACUCGUCAGUGACACUGAGUAUCAUCCACUGCCCGCCUGUCACCACAGCCAUCAUCCGCCGGCCCCAUGUGCACGAGCAACUGGGCUUCUGCGUGGAGGACGGCAUCAUCUGCAGCCUGCUGCGCGGGGGUGCGGCUGAGCGUGGCGGUGUCCGCGUGGGACACCGCAUCAUCGAGGUCAACGGGCAGAGCGUGGUAGCCAUGCCGCAUGCGCGCAUCAUCCAGCUGCUCACAGAGGCGCGAGAGAUUCACAUCAAGACCAUGCCAGCUGCAACCUACCGGCUGCUCACGGGGCAGGAACAGCCGGUGUACCUGUGACCGCCCCGUCCGUGCGUGCCUUCGUCCCCGCCACCAGGACUGUCACCCCACAGCCCAUGGGGACCCCAGAAUCCUCAUCCUUGUAUUAUUUUCUAAUGUUAAAAAAUUAAAGGUUUAUUAAAUUGUCAAA